AUGCUACCCAGGAGACGCCCAAACCAGAAGCCCAAGACCAAGCGGAUCAAUGCGUCCGCCUCGACAGCUCCACGGCCGGAGAGAAUGAGCACCCGAAGUCGUGGCCUGAAGCCAAAGCCUUUCGAGCUCUCAGAUCUCCCACCCAAGGAUCCCAAAAACACCAGGAUAUUGACGACGGAGCAGUUUUACGAUUAUUCUGCUGAGACCGCCAAGGUCGUGCCUCAGGCCCAUGCAAACGCAAUGUAUGCUGAGAGGCAGGACGAGAUCGCAGCGCUGGAGGCUGCUGAGAGUGCCGCAGCCGCCACCGCCACAGGGGCUCAGAUUAUACUCGAUGCAGCAGCUGCUGCGAAUGCCAAUGCGACGGCAACGAAUACCGAUGGUACCACCACCCUUCAGGUUGGGACCGGCUCUCAAGUCAACGGCGCCGCUCAGGUUGACGCCAUCCCAAAGGAAAUUGCUGCCCCAACAGGUGGCUCAAGGUCACUGCCUCACAAGCAUCGGUUUCUUUGUAACGUCCCCGGUUGUUCGAGUGGUGCGUACCAGUUCGGGGAGCUACAGCGCCACGUGAGGACGACGCACAAGAAAACAGGUCACGAGCCACCCACCAACCCUGGAGACGUUCGCAUCAUCGAUUUCGUUGAUUGGCUUAACGGUAGAAUUGUUGGCUUCCCAGCAACGCCGAAGGCGAAGAAGGACUAUCCCGAGUUUCUGGACGAUUAUUCUGGGCCACCUCAAGUCUCUGCACAAAUGCAACAGCCAGCAGCUCCCACUCCAGUGGCAUCAGGUCUCCAGCCACAGGUAGUGAGGCGGAGUGAGGAUGUAAGCACUCGCGCUGCUUCAGCAGCGAACAAGGAGAAUAUUCCGCCACAGGACACCACUGCGACGGGUCCAGCUGCCGGCCAGAAGCGCAAACAUGAUGACGCUGAAGCCGACCAGGACGAUGGACCACGCAAGAGGCCAAAUAGGUCAACGAUUCAGCCCCGCACCCGUCGACAGCAACCGCUUGCAGAAGCAGAGGUCAAUACCGAGCCUCAGAGCCAGCAGAACCUCCAGGCAACUUCAGAGCCUUCGGCCGUUCAGACACGCAAACGCAAGCGCGACGAGGGAAACGAUGCCAACGCCGACCCAGAAGACAGUCGCCCAACCAAGAGGCCGAUCAGAGCAUCUGCAAAGGCCCCGAAGAGAGUGGCGAAAGACAAGGACAAACCUGUGAAGCAUGGCCAGCAAAACCCAGCGGCGUCCGGCAACACAUACCAUAGCUAUUUUCCCCCAGUCCCAGAAGAGCCCGAGCCCGAGCCCAAGCCCAAGUCCAAGGACGAAGACCCGUACAGAACCGCCACGUGGGUCGCGGAAGAAGCCCUCCACUCUGCGCGGAUGAAGGCGCGCGCCGAGGACCGCGAUUAUUGGGCACAGUUCCCUUUGCCUCCCCCGCAAGACACCAAGUAUGUCGAGGAGGAUGCUUACAUGGAGAUUCAGAAUGAACGCAAUCGGUUGAGGGACGAAGUGCAGGAUCUGAAGGCGGAGCUGGGGAAUCUGCGUGCAGAGAGGGGCCGUGCUGAGGCGGCGGCCGAGAGCCAUGUGGCGAGCUAUGAGAUGGCGUUGGCGGCGGUGCGUGUAUGGGAGGAUAUUGCGAGGGCGAAUGGUUUGGCGGUGCCUGAUGGGGAGUGGGAGGGGUAUAAUGCUGCUUUGUCAGCUUUGAGCAAUGGGGAGAAGGGCGCGGAGGACCGGCAGGGUGGGCAGGGUGAGGAUGGACGAGAGGAUUAG